ACAGCUGUCCAAAACAUGUGGUUUGUGCCAGGCGGACAUGAUUACGUCCAGCAGCUGUUGGUGGUUAAAGAAGAGGUUCCCCCUGAGCAGCAGGAGUGGAGCUCCAGUGUGGACCAGGAGGACCCAGAGCCUCCACACAUUAAAGAGGAACAGGAGGAACUCUGGAUCAGUCAGGAGGGAGAGCAGCUUCAAGGGCUGGAGGAGGAUGAUAUCACCAAGUUCACAUCCACUCCUGUCCCUGUGAAGAGUGAAGAUGAUGAAGAGAAACCUCAGUCCUCACAGCUUCAUCAAAGACACACUGAACAGAUGGAAACAGAAGCAGAGGGAGAGGACUGUGGAGGAGCAGAACCAGCCAGGAACUCAGAUCCAGAUACACAUUUACAACCUGAGGCUGAAGACAAGACUGGAGCGUCUUCUGAACCAGAGACUGAUGACAGUUAUGAUUGGAAGGAGACCAGAGAACCUCAGUCAGGUUUCAACUCUCUGAAAAAUGAUGACGUCCAUGUCAGUGAUUUGAUUGUUUGUGGGAAAAGAUUUAGCUGCUCUGAGUGUGGGAAAGGAUUUAAUUACAGAGGAGAUUUGAAGAUACACAUGAGAUCUCAUACGGGAGAGAAACCAUUUAGCUGUUCUGAGUGUGGGAAAAGAUUUGGUUACAGUGGAGAUUUGAAGAAACACAUGAGCACUCACACAGGAGAGAAACUAUUUAGCUGCUCUGAGUGUGGGAAAAGAUUUGGUCACCGUUGGGAUGUGAAGAGUCACAUGAGAAUUCAUACAGGAGAGAAAACAUUUAGCUGCUCUGAGUGUGGGAAAAGCUUUGGUCAAAGUGGAGAUCUGAAAAGACACAUGACAACUCAUACAGGAGAGAAACUAUUUAGCUGCUCCGAGUGUGGGAAAGCAUUUGGACGAAGCGAACAUCUGAAAAGUCACAUGAGAACUCAUACAGGAGAGAAACCAUUCAGUUGCUCUGAUUGUGGGAAAGCAUUUAGUCGAAAUGAUAAACUGACUGUGCACAUGAGAUCUCAUACAGGAGAGAAAUCAUUUAGAUGUGUAAUUGGUGGGGAGUAAUUUAGACAAAGUGGAACUUUAUAUACAAAUAUUAGAACUCAUGAUGGAGGAAAAUGAUUCAGCUGCUCAGUUUGUACAAAAAUCAUUUUCAUGGUAGAAAGCUUUAAAAACUCACAUGAUAACUCAUAUAGGAGAUUGACCUUUCAGCAUGAAAUCUGAAACAUAAACUGGACAGUUACACAGUUGUAUGAAAAGCCAUGCAAGAGAGAAACCUUCUGACUGUAGUGUUUGUCACCAAAGAUUCACUUGGCCAAAACAACACCAACAGGGUGUUGUUUGUCAGUCCUCACAGCCUCAUCAAACUCAAACUGAGGAGAGCAGAGCGGCAGAGCCUCCAGCCAGCAGCUCAGCUCCACAGAUGGAAACAGAAGCUGAAGGUUGGGAAAUAUAUUUUAAUAUAUUGUUUUUCAUUCCCAUGCAUGCUGCUCAGGGCUCGACAGUGCGAGCGUUUCACUCGCAUUUGCGACUAAAAAUAGGUGUGUGUGAACUGUAAAAAAUAUUUAGGGUCACAUGUGUGUAUAAAAAAAUAAGCCGAAGCAGCCUAUAUUUUUGUCAAUAAAAAAAAUAUGAUAAUCUAACCGCAAAUGUUGGAGGAACUCAAGCAGCCUCCCCUCUUCCCUCUUCCUUGUGUGACACGGUUAUAGGCGGUUUUCCAAGCCACUGUUGGCACAAUGAAUAUAAGUCCCACUGUCGGCAGUGUGGAAAUAAGUCUAAGUGUGGAGGAAGCGGCGGACCUACGGGGAAGCCUCCUCUGUUCUCCCCGUAGUUAGGGACCGUUCUCCACAGCCAGGCUGUCGGCUGGGUGGAAAUAAUGCCCUUUUCACACAGAGCGCGCAAAGCGCAGACCUCCACCGACGAACCCAUUCAUUGUGUAUGUGCUACCGCGGCGCAAGAGCGCACCGCUCUGCCGGCGAGCUGGGCGGCGCACGAGAGGGCCACGGCGUCUGCGUGCCACCAGCCUGCGCUCGAAUUGAAAUUUUUUAAAUUUCAUGCAGUUAGAGACCGUUCGCCACGGUACCGCUGCUGGGCAGGGUGGAAAUAAGUCCUGCAGAGUUUCAGAGGACCUGGAGAAAGUUUUAGGAUAGUAAUAACAUUAUAUAAGAUAAUCAUAUUGCAAAGAUACUAUAUAUAAGACAGUAACUUUAAAGACAAAAUUAAAUUGCAAUACUUUUUCAAAACUUGAUCAUUUUACCUUUCUGUACAUUUUGUUUACAAAUUCAUUAAAUAAUUUUGCUUGUAAAUGUCUAUUUGCAUCACGUUUAUUACGGAAAACACAUUAUUUGAUCAAUUUACAUUGCGCCCCUAAAGUUCUUUGUGCGCACUUAGGUGCACAUGUGCUCCUUGGGAAAAAAGUUAGCGUCAAGCCCUGCUGCUCGAGGAUUAGGAUUUUUGUGGAGCUAAAUGGUGUUUAGAUUUAAUGUUAGAAGGAAGAGUAACAAGUGUUUAAC